UUACCAAUUCAUACCCAUCAUGCAUUGCUACCACGUUCGUGACAAGCGAGUCAGUUGAUUGACGUUAGAGCAAGGAGAAAGAUGUCGCUGGAAAAUCGCGGAAGGAUGGAGGCUGUAUUCACCGUAGCGCUUAUCUUCUGCUCAGCUUUUACGUCAGGUGUUCAGGGGGACAGCCUCACCAUAUUGCAGGCCCCUGAGUAUGUGUCCUUCCAAAAGGGAGACUGGCCAAUAUCAGGGGAGAAGAUUCCAGAUAUGGUGGCUCUAACUAUGGGUUUCUCUGUCCAGGAGGAUCUCUCCUGGCCAGGCCUCCGGGCAGGUCCUUUGUUCCAGCGUCCCAGGGCCAACGUGCUGGUGGUGGUGCGGGGGGUGGACAGCCUGGCCCUGCCCCAGAGUGUGGCCUCCUACCCCCUGGAGAAUCCGGUGCCCUUCACCCUGGACAGUGUGGCUGAGACGGUUCACACGCUCUUUGCUGAGGACACUCCUGUGGUGCUCCAGCUGGCCCCUAGCGAGGAGAGGCUGUACAUGCUGGGAAAGGCCAAUGCUGUGUUUGAGGACCUGCCUGUGACCCUGCAGCAGAUUCGUGCUCGUCUCUCCCAGGAUGGCUCUGUGCUCGCCUCCCUGCCACUCAACUCCCUCAGCCGCAAUGCUGAGGCUGAUCUGCUCUUCCUGUCUGAGGUCCAGGUUCUACAUGACAUCACUGCCCUGCUGCAGAGACACAGGCACCUGGCCAAGGACCACUCCCCUGACCUGUACUCCCUGGAGCUGUCUGGCCUGGAGGAGCUGGGCCGCCGCUACGGACAGGACUCCUCUCAGUACCAAGACGCCACUGCCAUUCUGGCCAAUGUCCUACAGAAGUUUGGUGAGGACUUGUUUGGUCUUUAUGGUGACAGCGCGGUGGUGGAGGUUGUCACAGUGAAGAACUUUGAGGCGCCACUUACCAGGAAAUCUCGCUCAAUCCUGGAGUCCAAACAAAUUAGUAACCCUGGCAGUCCCUAUAACCUGGCCUAUAAGUAUAACUUUGAGUAUGCCGUGAUCUUCAACAUCGUGCUGUGGCUGAUGAUCAUCCUUGCCCUGGCUGUUAUCGUCAUCUCAUACAACCUGUGGAACAUGGACCCAGGAUAUGACAGCAUCAUCUACAGGAUGACCAAUCAGAAGAUCAGGUUGGACUAAGGUCUGCCCAGCAACACUCGAGCCCUCCUAUUAGUCCUCUCCUAGUGAAUCUUUGUUUUUCUUGUUUUGUGUGAAAAAUAAAGAAGUGGAGCUGAAGGUGUAGGCCUAAUUCUAAAUGGGUUGGAUAGGUCCUAUCCAAUAUGAAUGACAUGUAUAAGAGAUGCACUUAAUUUGUUAGCACCUUUGGGAAAUUGCAGAGCUUAACUAUACAGUAGCUGUAGUUGUGUAGUUUAAUGCUGAGUUGUAACACUAGAGCUGUCUCUGAGGUCUAGUCCUGUACCUUCAAACCCACACUUCACAUUGCUUAUGAAUGUCCUCUUUUAGUAGGCGUCCUACAUCCCUGGUGAUUUCAAAUGUCCUGUUUUAUUUUUAUUGUAAAAAGUAAAGAUGAUUAUUCUAAUGCCCUGAAAGACUGAGAAUUGGUGUGUGUGUGAUGUAAAUGUUUGUCUCGCUAUUUGAAACUGUUUUAAGUUAAAGUGAAAUCUAGGUGUAUAUAUUGAAGUUAGAAAUACAAAUAUCCUGAAGGAAACUGCUUUAUUGGUAUUGUGAGAAGGUCUGUGUAACAUUCGCUGGCAGGUUGCGAGGCGCCUUGCAUGCAUUUUGCGGUUGUGUGACUUUGACAUUUGAAUAUGCAAUAAAUGAAUUACCAUCUAA